AUGGCGCCACUCUACCCGUCGCCCCGCCUCGCUGGACGCCCCCGCCGCUUCGACGCCGUGCCCCUACCUCGGGUCGUCGUCCACCGUCGCCUCGCCGGCGCCGCCCGAACCGCUCCACCGUCGCCAACGCCGCCUCGGCGCCCCCUCUCCCCAUCAACGCUGGUGAGGCCCCGGGCCUCUGCCCUUCUCUGCACGCGGCCGCCCACUCCCCCUCCCGCGCGCCCACUGCCGCCCGGCCGCGCCACCAACCCCGCCGUCGUGCGCCGCUGGUCCGUCCGCGCCGUCCCGCUCCCCGUGUGCCCUCACGUCGGCGCUCGUCCGCGGCACUGCUCCGCCCGCGCCACGCAGCGCCCUGCUGCCAUUCGCGCGCGCCCCGCGACCUCCCGUGGCCGCGCCCGGACCACCGUAGCCAUCGUGGUCGCCACCCCACUGUCGAGCAUUUUGGCCAUCACCCUCUCCGCCACCGCGGCCUGA